AUGGAGCGAAACACAUUCUUCUCGAUCUAUUCUAAAACGGGAUCCCGCAAGGCUAAAAGGAGUCACUGUUUUAUAAGGACAUCUCCGACACGAUCCAAAAUGUUAAAACUAAGUGCGCUUAUGUUUUUGUUAUCUUCGACGUAUGUGAAUAGCCAAUGCUUCUACAAAGAUGAUUCAUCAAAAAAGUUGGAUGGACAGGCCCGCGAAACUUUAUACAAAGGGCAAUUGGAUUUCACGCUGAGUCUGUUUAACGAAAUUAAUAAAUUAGUGCCCGAUGACAACAUUUUCUUUUCGCCAUUUUCAAUAUAUCAUUCGCUCUUGUUGGCUUAUUUCGCUUCUGGUGGACAAACUGAGAAAUCAUUGAAAGACUCUUUGAAAAUUGCUGAUGCCCUAGACAAAAUCAAUCUAAUGACAGCCUACAAGGUGGACAAGAGGUCGCGGGCAGUGAACAAUAACAGUGACAGCUACGAGUUCACCAAUGCUAACAAGAUGUUCGUUGACAGUGACGUUCGUGUUCGUCAGUGCAUACUCGACCUUCUUUUCGGAGAGUUGGAUACCUUGAACUUCCAUGACAACCCGGGCCAGUCUCGUGACAUUAUCAACAAUUGGGUGGCACAAAUAACUAAGAACAACAUAAAAAACUUGCUCCCGGAAGACGCUAUCACUCAGGCUACCAAAUUGGUGCUGGCUAACGCUGCUUACUUCAAGGGGGUGUGGGCUUCCAGGUUCCCCGCCGAAAGAACCAAGAAGGAGCCGUUCUUUGUUUCCGAAACUCGGCAAACCCUUGUACCAUUCAUGAAACAAAAGGGAACUUUCCAUUACAUGGUUAACGACGAUCUCGGUGCGCAGAUUUUGGAAUUACCUUACAAAGGAAAUGAUAUCAGCAUGUACAUUCUCCUGCCCCCUUACUCUAUGAAGGAAGGUGUAACAAACAUCAUUGCCAACCUGACACCAGAGCGGCUCGCAGCUGUUGUUGAAGAAGGUUAUAUGGGCCGUGAAGUCGUUGUAGAGAUUCCGAAGUUCACUAUCGAAAGGAAGCUCAAGAUAAGACAGGUUUUAGAGUCCAUGGGCGUGGGUGACUUGUUCGAUGCGACAGCCGAUUUUAGUACACUAACUGAAGACCCAGAAGUACUUUUCGAUGAUGCCGUGCACGAAGCGAAGAUCCAAAUCGAUGAAGAAGGCACGGUAGCUGCAGCCGCUACAGCAAUUUUUGGUUUCCGAUCAUCACGACCGGCGGAGCCAAGCGUAUUCAUUGCCAACUUCCCUUUCGUGUACAUCGUGUACGAGCGCCCCACCAACUCUGUGCUCUUCAUGGGCGUGUACAGAGAUCCUAAGAAG